UCUACCAUCUUGACCAUCCACCAACAAAUCAUCAAUACAAAUCAUCUUAAAAAGACUCCUUCUGCCCUACUUCACUUACAUCUCUAUCAGCCCUAUAAGUUCAUGCAGGUGCUGGUCUAAACCUUUCACUCCUUGCACAUCUUUACCAGAUCAUGAGUCAGAAUAGUACAUCUUCUCGUGUAUCUGCAUCAUCAUCAUCCAAGAGCCAAAAGCAAAAAGCCAAUAUAUCACACCGUCCUCCAACUACUUCAGCCAUGCCUGAUACCACUCUCGCCGAGUCCUACGGUAUGGCCGGCCAAGGAUACAACUACGACGCUUUCUCCUCAGAUUCGUCUAAUCUUGCCCUUUACAUGAACGACCCCAACUAUGCUGUACCUACUACGCAGAUGAACUGGCCUACCAUGGAUGCUUCAUCAUAUCAAGCAAACGACAGCUACGCUGACUCAAUCGGUUCUUUCACGGACCCCAACUUCCCUCAUUCUCCCAUUGAGAUUGAAGUCAUUGGAAAGACUGGUGCCAAGAAGACUCGCAGUAGGCCCAACCGCUACAAGAACGCCCAUCCCAGCGUCAAAGAGCGUCGCCGAGAACAGAACCGCGAAGCUCAGCGCAAGUACCGCGAACGCAAGGACCAGCGCAUUGUCGAGCUAGAAGGGCUCUUGCAAACCGCACAGCAUCAACACCAAACGUUAACACAAGCCUACGUCGAUUUGCAUGCAGAAUAUGAGAUUCUCCUCCGUCAAACUACACAAAGUCCAUCUGAAGUCCACACAGAUGAAGACCUAGGCGAGGGCAGUAUCCACGGCGGCCGGGUAUAACCGGUGCCAUGGUGUGUCUGCAGACUGGAAGAUGCAGCAGUCGACGCAGCUACACGGGAGGUCGCAGUGGGUAGUCCUCGCCAGUCCUGGCGCACUCUGGUGCUGCAACCAACGCCACUAGUGUCAAGGGGUGUCCUGGCAGUCGCAGAGAAGUCUCUGUGGGCAUAUGUGUCUAAUUCCCGAGCUCGCUCAGAGUACUUGUGCAGAUGGCCGUCGCAUCCUCGUCGUCAGCCGCCUGUGGGAGGGGGGAGGGGCAGCAAUGGAGCCACCACCACUACUACCAUCCGACUCUUGCAGCAAUGUCCUGUGCUGUACCUUUGCGCGCCAACCACGCACACACCCGUCUUGGCCGCGACUUGUCCCGCCUCCCUCUCGUUCCCACCAAGCAAAAAAAAAUGAAAGGACACUGAUUCCAGAUAAUCCAAAGUCGCAUUGCUACCUCCCAAGGCUGUGCUGGAAGGAGAGUGGCGCUUGGAUAGAGUCCGGCCAUCCGAAACCUUAGCUGCCAGUCUGUACGGGAAUUAGGAUGCACCGGAAACGCAAGUCUUGCCAUUACUGAGAUUCUCGCACUGGCUGCUUUACCAAUACUGGUCUACUGCACGCAUCCCACCCCCAGACCGGGUGACUGAUCAAGCAAGGCUGUGUGAUUGGGGGCUUGGAAUCAAAUCGACCAAAGCCUUACUGGCACGUUACAAGAUGUGCCGGUAAGGCUGGCCGAAUAGCCAACUCCGGAAUUAGGCAAAUGGUUGAUUGGAUAAACGAGCGAGCAGAGGCGGUCAACAGCCCGGAGCGUUAACGAUGACAUGAAUUAUGAGUUGAUUUAGAAACAAGCGCGAAAACGGCACUGAUACCACCAGCCAACCGGCUGGCCCAGCAUUUGAUUUUCUUUUUCUCUUUUUGUUCCGAGUCUCUUUUUGUUACAAUGGCCCUAAGGGGAGGUUUUUUGUUAUUUUACUUCAUUUCAACUGCACAUAGAAAGAUAGAUCGUAUUCAGUUCAUAAUAUUAGAGAAACUUGACCAUAACAAACAGUCUCUACAGACGAGCUAAAUUGGUGUGAUUUCAGCAGAUCAUAAAGCAUGUUUCUCCUCAGUUCCUUCAGCCAUCAUUUGGACAUCCUUCCCUCCCGUCGCAUCUUCAAGAGCAACUCUGUAUCGCCCACCUCUGUAGGUAGCAGUCCCAGACCAUACACUCACUGCCUGACAUGUAAAAGAAAGCAAAACGCCGAGAACUAACAAUGAUAAAGCAAAACCAGGCGCCAUACGCAUGAAACACAUUACUACAGCGAACCUAUUUACGUCGUCUUCUGUCGCUUCGUAUCCAAGCCAUCGCUCACCACGCCAGCUAUAACAGCAGCGUUAGCCGUCACAUCGCCCAGCGGGAUGCGAUUCGGGGCAUUCUCGCCUAUCAGAGGCCGCUUCAUCGUCGGCGGCUUGUACGAGUUCCUGUUUGCUAGCGGGCUUCCCGCACCGCCAGGAGCGCCUAUUCUUCGCGUAUGGUCAAGGGCCGGAUUCACAACAUUGCCUCGGGUUGCUGGGGCGCCGGCGCCUGGUCUGCCUGGCGUCUCGGCGUCUUGGCUUGCUGGAGGGACGUGCUGGCCGCUGCGGGAGAGGGGCUUUGACGAAGAGUGGUCGAUGCCGGGGGUCUUGCGGAUCGAUGGGCUUUCAGCUUUCGGGUUGAAGAGUUGGCGGCUCGGUGCGGCUCCGGCUCCGUUGCCGUUUGUUAUGGAUGGUGCCGAGACAGAUCGCGCUGAGAAGAAUGCUACGGGCUCUCCUGGGUUUGGUUCCAUGCCACUAAUGGCCGGUGGUGGUCCAGAUGAAGGGCCGCCGCUGGGGCGUUGCGGUUGUGCUUGGUUAGGAGUUUGGGGUGGUUUUGGUGUCGGGGCGGAAGAGUUGCGUGUGCUGGGGGCGGAGGUAACUGCGACAACUAUUUCGUCGGGGUGGCCGUCUUCAGGGACGGCAAAAUCUGCUUCGUCAAAGUCUGCAUAUUGUCAGUAAUGUCCAGGGUUGAGAUUGGUUUGGAUAUCAAAAUAUACCACCGAGAAAGUCAUCAAAGGACUCGACUGCUACUGCGGCUGGCUUGGGAGGCGGGGCCAUGGCAGUGGUUGGCCUUGACACUGGUUCCUUUGUAUCUUGAUUCGGGGCAAAGUCUGAGUGACGGUGCAAGUUAUCUUCGCUGAACUUUCUGACAGGGUUGGCCUUGAUCUUGGUGACUUGCUUCACAUAGUCCUGGUCGUAGAUACAGUUGCCUAGGACAUUGCCGAAGCUGCGUAGCGUUCGUUUCAAUGCGUCUGUGGUUCCCUCCUUCUUGGCCUUCUCGAAUGCCAUUGCUUUUCCUCUAGCGUUCUCAAUAGAUCCGUAGCCGAUAUCUUCGUGAUACGUGCCAUCACGCAGCGUAAUUCGUACAAUAACCGAGAGGCCGAUGCUGACACGGCCCGUUUGUGCAUUCUCGUCGGCGAAAUCUACUUGUAUAGUCUGGAUCGAUGAUGACCAGCCGUUGAAUCCAAAUACUUCGUUUGCGAGGGUGAUGCACUUCUCUGCCGUGAGGUAGUGUACGCGUGAGCCACCGGGUCCAGCUCUUGAUGAUAUGUAUUCGGGUCCAAGCUGCUUAUCCAAUCGGGAUGCAAUCGUGGCAAUCUCAACUGCAGACCAUUCUGCUAUUCGCGGCUUUGCCUCCUCAAAGGGAUUCGGCCAUGUCCCGUGCUGGUCGCCUGGU